AUGGCAUCGCUGGAGAAGCCACAUGUUGACGAGGCGGAUGUUGUGGUGGAUGAGAAAGAUCGCAAGCAUGUUUUCGUUGAAUGUGACAUCUCGCUGGAACAGAGAACGGCUGAAGCCCGCGUUCGACGCAAGGUCGACUGGCGGCUGAUUCCCAUCCUGGGCAUCCUCUACUCCAUCGCCGGUUUAGACCGCGUGAACCUCUCCAACGCCCGCGUCGCCGGCAUGAACCAAGAUCUUGGGUUCGACGUCGGAAAUCGCUACUCCAUCGCCCUGCUCGUCUUCUUCAUCACGUACUUCCUCUUCGAGCUGCCCACCACCCUGGCGCUUAGACCCAUCGGCCCGAAGAUCCUGCUCAAUGGUCUGGUCUUUAGUUGGGGCAUAGUGAUGCUUGGCAUGGGGUUCGCCAACGACUGGAGAGUGAUUGUGGCUUGUCGGAUGCUCAUCGGGAUUUUCGAGGCCGGGUUUCUUCCGUGUUGCAUGUACCUUCUGAGCAGUUGGUAUCAGCGAAUGGCGCUCUGGUAUAUGAUCAACCUCUUCAUCUCCGCCUUUGGCAACAUCCUCGCCUACGCCAUCAUCAAGCUUGACGGAGCUCACGGCGCCCUAACAGUAGGCUUCUCCUUCAUCGGAUACAUAUUCACCCUGCCCUUCCCAGACCAGCUCCUCGCAUCCGGAAAACGCACCGCCUUCACCCAGCAGGAGAUCGAAACCAUCCUCGACCGCGUGGAGCGCGACCGGGGCGACGCGGAACCCGACCCCUUGACCUGGCAAAAGUUCACGAGGCUGGUCAUACGCUGGGAGCUGUGGGUGUACGGCUUCAUGUUCCUCUGCUGCUCCGCGCCCAUCUACGCCUUUGCCUACUUCAUCCAGAUCAUCCUCACCACGCUCGGCUACUCGACCGCCGUGGUCUUCCUUCUCUGCGCCCCGCCGUAUCUCUUCAGCAUCAUCUGGACUCUCCUCGUCGCCUACGUCGCGGACAAAACGCGGUUGAGGAUGCCGUGGAUGGUUCUCAAUGCGGCGAUCACGCUGACUGGACUCCUCCUGACGGCGUACCAUUCCGACAACGGGGUGAGAUACUUUGGUGUCUUCCUAGGCGUUUCCGGCUGCAACGGCAACCUCCCGACCAUCAUCGCCUUCCAAUCCAACAACGUCCGCUCCAACAGCCGGCGCUCGGUAGCCAGCGGCGUGCAGAUGCUCUUCGCCGCCAUCGGAGGCAUCUACGCCUCGUGCACCUUCAUGCAGCAGGAGUACCCGACGUACCGGACUGGCGUGUGGUACGCGGUCGCGACGCAGUUCUUGUUGAUAUUGUUGGUGGCGUUGAUGUGGUGGUACUUUAGGCGACAGAACAGGAAGGCCGACGUGCAGCGGGUUCCCAUCCAGAAUGAUCCGGCGUUUAGGUAUACUUUCUGA